GUGGAGCGCUAGCUGUUGAUGACUAGCUAUAAAGACUGGGCGGACGGCGGGUGACGGAUCUAAGCGGAGGCUGGAAAACAAAGGAGGCAGACAGAAAAGGGAGGAGUAAAUGAGAGAGAGGCAGCGAGCAGUAGAUAAAGCUGCAGCCAGGACCAUGAGCUGCACCCUUGUGACUGCAUCUUAUGAUUCGCUGCCCGCUCAGCUGAGUCCUCAUCGCACAAAAGAUCAACACUUUGCUCGAAGACUUUCCUCUCCGCACGGUUUGGGACCCCGAAGUGGAUCGGCCGUUCCUCGGCGUUCUUCCGCUCUGCCUGGAUAUUCGGUUCCUUCCUUACAGGAGCCAAACAACUUCCACAAUCCUCAUUUUCAUCUUCAUCAUCCUCAGCGUCUCUCCCUGUCACUAGGCUCCAAAGCCUCGCUGGCGCCCCCUGUGCUUCAGGAAGACCCCGCCCCACCAUGCUGCCGAGCGGUGGGCAUUGUGCCACUUCUUCGCCUGGCCCUACUCAUCUUCAGCUGCCUCUUCUGGUCAGCCGGGUUGGCGAUCUUCACUCUAGGAGUCUGGGCACAAGCAUCCCUGGCUGACUACAUGCUGCUUUCUGCUAACCACUACCCCAAUGCACCAAUGAUACUUCUCACAACAGGGGCUGCUAUCACCACGUGGGGUUUCCUGGGAUGUCUGGGUGUGGCGGCCAACUUACCCUGCCUUCUCCGUGUCUUUGGUCUCUUCCAGCUGGCUGUACUGAUGGGGGGAUUGGCUGCCGGACUUUCAGGACUUUUCUACAGGGAAGACAUCGCUGGAGGUUUCCGCAGUGGGCUACAGAGAGCGGUGGAAGGCUACGGAGAAGACGACGGACGUGCUGAUGCUCUCGACAGCCUUCAGCGGGCACUGGAGUGUUGCGGGGCAGAAAGCUGGCACGACUGGUACCUGUCUGACUGGGCUCUGCAUGAUGCUCUCUCACUGACUAGCAGCUCAGGCAACAGCACAUAUUAUGUGUCUGUACCGGACAGCUGUUGCAUACGGCGCAAAGGUUGUCAUAACAGGCCUCUGCCUGAAGGAGGAAAUGCUGGAAUCGAAAGUGCAGGGAUUCACCCACAUGGCUGCUUCAAGAAAGUCUUUAGUUUUGUCAAUAGUAACGUCUUUCACAUCGCUGCUUCUGUCCUAGCUCUCGCUUUUACCCAGGUGGCAGGGAUAACGCUGGCAUGCCUGCUCGCCAGUCGCCUACCAUCUCAGCCUCACCGGCGCUAAGAAUUUCCAGGUCCUGGUGUGAAGAUUCGAAAGGUGCUUUCAGCAUCCAGACACAAAUAAUAUGUUCUUUGAAAACCAUUAUUAUCUAUACAAUUUUUAUUACACAAAUUAUUUGAUAUUUAUAUUACAACAAAACUCAUCUAGUCUGAUUUGCAUGUUGAACCAUUCCAAUUUUAACCGUAUGCAUAUUAUAAUAUUAUAAAUUCUUCAUUGUGGAAUAAUAUAUGUAGAUCAAACCUACUGUAUAUACGAUAAAAGCUGUUUGUUGUGUAAUAUCACAAUCUACGAAAGGAAAAAAAAAAGUAGUGUAACUAUUCAUAGCAAAACUGAAAGAACUGCAGGAUUUAUAUGUACAUAUUUAUUGGUUGUUGAGUAAAAAUUGCCAGGUCAGUGUUCUGCUUCGACCUGCGAGCUCCAGGAUCAGAGUUAAUCCAAAAGUUAUAAAACAUGGAAUUUCUGAUAUUACUUAUAUUACAAUUUUCAACGAGUACACAUCCACUCAGCUGCUGAUGAUCCAACUUCAUCUAUCAUGGCCACAAAAGCACAGAUUUUCCUCAGUGUGGUCUAUGUCCUGCUGGAUUUCAUUUCCCAAAGCCACUGUUCUGAUCGACUAUGGAGAGGAUAAGAUCUGCUAAUGUGCCAGCGAAUAUGUGAGGAGACUGUAUAUUAUGGUGUAUAUUAUAUAUUGUAUUGCUGUUGAUAUACGAGAUGUUUUUAGCCAACUAGAAUCAAAUCAAUGCUGCUUUUCCUUAUGUUUUUAGCACUUUUCUAGACCAUAAAUGUAUGGUCAUGCAACCAAUA